AUGCCCUCCCAGACAUCCCUCUCGAUCGUGACGCCGCCAAAGGUGACUAUCCAGGUCCUGCGAGAUGCAAACUCGGUGGGCGUGCCGGCUGUGUGGCUGCAGCCAGGAACCUACGACGACGAGGUGCUUGAAUACGCCCGUGAGAACUUCAAGGCCGCCAUCGGUGGGCCCGGAGGACAGGGCAGCGAGGUGGACUUCUCAAAAGCUGUGAAGAAGAGACAGUUGAUAAUCUGGCUUGACAGACUUGAUGUACAUGAAAAUCUUACAUUCUUGAACAUAACCGUACGGCUCGAUGAAUAUAUAUGGGAUAAAAGCAACGGCUUGUUUGCUACAAAAGAUGAUACGGCGAGGCUGUGGUUCACAGUAGCACGGAUGGAUAAUAUCCUGAUAGACAAUCUCAUUUUGGUUUCGGAACAUCUCGUUUUGCUGGUCCAAAAGGAAACGAAGAACAAACUUGGUGAAGAAGCUGAGGGCUCUCGUCUUUUAUAUCCCUUCAAGCUCAACGAAAAGGAUAAACAUGGAGAUAAUGAAAAGAGAGACAUGGUAUCAUCAGGUCAUUAA